UCUUUCUCCAUGGGUGCCAGUUGUGGGUCUGGAAAUUCAUGCACAGAUCAGUUCCAAUUCAAAACUUUUCUCUGGUUCCCAAGUCCAGUUUGCAGCACCUCCUAACUCUUUAGUGUCCUUCUUUGAUGCUUCUUUACCAGGAACUUUACCAGUUCUCAACAGGAGAUGUGUAGAAGCCGCAGUGAUGACAGGCCUGGCACUCAACUGCAGCAUAAACAAGAAGUCCUUGUUUGACAGAAAACACUAUUUCUAUGCAGAUCUGCCUGCUGGCUAUCAAAUCACUCAGCACAGAGUUCCUAUUGCAGUGAAUGGAAGUCUGUCAUACAGUCUCUGCGUAGACAACAAAAUGAGCCAGAUGGUGACCAAAACUGUGAGGAUCAAACAAAUUCAGUUGGAGCAAGACAGUGGAAAGAGCCUCCAUGAUGACACAAGGAGCCAGACUCUCGUUGACUUGAACAGGGCUGGAGUCGGCCUCAUGGAGGUUGUCAUGGAGCCUGAUAUGUGCUGUGGGGAAGAAGCAGCUGCAGCAGUCAGAGAGCUUCAGCUCAUUCUUCAGACGCUUGGGAGCAGCCAGGCAGUCAUGGCAGAGGGGCAGCUGAGAGUGGAUGCCAAUGUUUCUGUGCACCACCCUGGAGAGCCUUACGGAGUGAGGACUGAAGUGAAGAAUAUCAAUAGCAUGAGAUUCCUGGCAAAAGCAGUAGACUAUGAAAUACAGAGGCAAAUUGAAGAACUGGAAAAUGGAGGAACAAUACUGAAUGAAACAAGAGCCUUUGAUUCCAAGCUUGGGUGCACUGUACCGAUGAGAGACAAAGAAGGAAAACAGGAUUAUCGGUUUAUGCCAGAGCCAAACCUUCCUCCAUUGAUUCUGUAUGAUGCAAAAUCUUUGCCAGCUAAUAUGAACCAUCAGCAAGUGGUAAAUAUUGAUUGCAUUCGUGAGAGACUUCCUGACCUCCCCAGUGUGAAGAGAGCAAAGCUUGUUGAACAGUAUGGGAUUCUUCCUGAGCACAGCUUCACCUUAUUGAAUGAAGACGGUUUAACGGAAUUCUUUGAAAAUGUGGUGAAACAGACCCAAAUGAAGCCAAAGAAAGUGAUCGGCUGGGUUCUCAAAGACCUGCUCAGUUAUUUGAAACAACAUUCCCUUACAGUAAAGGAAAGCCCAGUCAGUUCUUUACUCCUGGCUGACCUAUUGAACCUUCUAGAAAAAAAAGACAUUUCUUCCACAGCAGCAAAGCAGGUGUUUGCAGAAUUGUGGAAGGAAAAAGGGAAGACUCCUCUUGAAAUUGUUAAAGAAAAGAAACUUGAACUGAUACAGGAUCAAAAAGAGCUUGAAAAGAUCUGCCAGGCGGUGAUUGAUGGACAAGAAAAUGAGGUUAUGGCAAUAUCCGCAGGAAAUCGAAAAGUUCUAAAUAAGUUAAUUGGCCUGGUACAAAGAGAAACCCAAGGACGAGCCAAUCCUGUUCUGGUGAAGCAAUUACUAGAGAAGAAGCUGUCAGAGUAG